AUGGCGAACAGCAGCGAGCUGGGGAGCAGCAGCAGCCCGCACCUGCCCAGCGCCGGCGGCCUGCUGAGCGCCUCCGGGCUGAAGCUGGCCACCCUGGGCUUGAUCCUCUGCGUCAGCCUGGCCGGCAACGUGCUUUUCGCCUGGCUCAUCCUCAAGGACCGGCACCUGCACCGCGCCCCGUACUACCUGCUGCUGGACCUCUGCCUGGCCGACGGGCUCCGCUCGCUGGCCUGCUUCCCCUUCGUCAUGCUGUCGGUGCGCAGCGGGGCCGCCUGGCCCCACGGGCCCCUCAGCUGCAAGGUGCUGGCCUUCCUGGCUGUGCUCUUCUGCUUCCACGCCGCCUUCCUGCUCUUCUGCGUGGGGGUCACACGCUACAUGGCCAUCGCCCACCACCGCUUCUACGCCAAGCGCAUGACAGGCUGGACCUGCCUGGCCGUGGUGUGCAUGGUGUGGACCCUCUCCAUGGCCAUGGCCUUCCCCCCGGUCUUUGAUGUGGGCACCUACAAGUUCAUCCGAGAGGAGGAGCAGUGCAUCUUCGAGCACCGCUACGUCAAGGCCAACGACACGCUGGGCUUCAUGCUCAUGCUGGCGGCUGUCAUUGCAGCCACCCACCUGGUGUACAUCAAGCUGCUCUUCUUCAUCCAUGGCCACCGCAAGAUGAAGCCAGCCCAACUGGUACCGGCCAUCAGCCAGAACUGGACCUUCCACGGGCCGGGAGCCACUGGCCAAGCGGCUGCAAACUGGACAGCUGGCUUUGGCAGGGGGCCCACACCGCCCACCCUUGUGGGCAUAAGGCAGGCCACCCACAGCCAGAUCAAGAGGCUGCUAGUGCUGGAGGAGUUUAAGAUGGAGAAAAGGCUCUGCAAGAUGUUCUACAUGAUCACCUUGCUCUUCCUGCUUCUCUGGUCCCCCUACAUCGUGGCCUGCUACCUACGCGUCUUCAUUAAGGCCAGCUCCAUCCCCCAGGUCUACCUGACCACGUCCGUCUGGAUGACGUUUGCCCAGGCAGGGGUCAACCCCAUCCUCUGCUUCAUCUUCAACAAGGAGCUCAGGGUCUGUCUCCGAGCCCACUUCCCGUGCUGCCAAAGCAUCCAGAGCACCCAGGGCACCAUCCUUUGUGAUCUCAAGAGCUUCGGGAUGUAGGGGGGCUUUACUCUUUCUAUUAAAAAAAGAAAGAUGGAUAGGACUUUCCAUGUUUCUGCAUAUGGUCUCCAGAGAGUGUGACCUGUGGGGGACAUACUAACCUACCACCCAGCACCCAAACCUUAGGCUGUAAGAAGCUGUUUUAUUUAUUUUUCUAUAUUUUGCGUAUGCUCUCUUCAGAACAUAACAAAAGUUGCUGUCUAUGGGAACAGGUACUUGAGCAGAACACCCCCAAACCUUAGGCAGUAAGAAGCUGUUUUUCCUUUGUGAUUGUGUGGUUUUUAAACAAAACAGGGCUCCGAGUUUCUGGUCUUGCUUCUAACAUUUCUAGACAUGAUUCCAACAGAUAACGGAUUAAGGCCAUGACACUGUUUGGUUUUUGUUUCCCUAAUUCCUGUCUGUUUUGAUAAAGGCUUAACAAUUUUACUCAUGUAAUAUUUGAUAAGGGCCAAGACAAUUUUAUACUAAAGUUAUUUUUGAUGACCUCAAGAGGUGU